GUCUCUUUCGCCGCCGCGGGAACUGUGAGUCGGCAGCGGCGCGGUCGGAGGCCGCAUGGCCGAAGCCCCGGACGAGCGCGGGUCGGGCCCCGCGGCCGGGGAGCAGUCGCCGGAGCCCCACGUCUCGUGCCAGGUCUUCCCCGAGCAAGGGUUCUUCUCCAGCUUCACCAACGACCGGAAGUGCCAGCUCAUGCUCUUGAAGACGCUGGAGACAAAUCCAUAUGUCAAACUUCUGCUUGAUGCUAUGAAGCACUCUGGUUGGUGUAUACGAGGGGCUUCCAAAAGGGAACUGAGGCUGGAUGCAGGGAAGGCCCCCGAUCGUCAUAGUUGUCUGUUGACUGCAUGUGCACAGAUUAACCCUCCUGUUUCGUUCUGUAAUUGUGAACAGUGCUGCUGUGAGUGUCCUCGUCCUUCUGUCCUGGUGCACGGUGCGAGUGAGCGUUUCUCCAAGAUUGUUCUGUGCCAAAAUAAUAUACGGAACCAGGCCCAUAUGAACAGGGUGGUCACUCACGAGCUCAUUCAUGCCUUUGACCACUGUCGUGCACAUGUCGACUGGUUCACCAACGUCAGGCACCUGGCCUGCUCCGAGAUUCGAGCUGCUAACCUCAGUGGAGACUGCUCACUUAUAAAUGAAAUAUUCAGAUUACAUUUUGGACUAAAACAACACCAUCAGACUUGUGUGCGAGACCGAGCCAUCCUUUCUAUCCUGGCCGUUAGGAAUGUCAGCAGAGAAGUAGCUCAGAAGGCUGUUGAUGAAGUUUUUGAAUCCUGCUUCAAUGACCUUGAGCCUUUUGGAAGGAUCCCUCACAGCAAAACUGAUGCACAAUACGCUCACAGAGACUUUCAGAAUCGCCAUCGGUAUUAUUCUAAUAUAUGAAGGCAAUGACAUUUAAUAUUACAGAACUUCAGCGGUCGUGAAGAAAUUUUGGUUUUAUUUUCUGUUUUUUGAAAUUACAGUUUUCAAAUGGACAAGCAUAUACAAUAUAAAUCAGUUAAAGAAAAUAGCACAAAGAAUGGUGAUUCUGGCAUAUGAUUACAAAAAAGAACUGUGGCUGAAAUGAAGCUGUCUUAAACUGUACGGCACAAAGCAUUCUCUUGAUAGCUGACUAGGUGGUAAAUAAUGGAACUCUGGUGGCAUGGUGACGUUGAAGCCAAAGACGAGGUUUCCUACUCUCAAAGAGCUGCAGUCUUUGAAACCAACAGGGCCAGUUUUAUCUGCCCUGUCUGUCCUGUUGACUCGCUAUGAGUGAGAAUGGCCUCGGUGGCUGUGUGUUUUGUUUUUAUACAGUAAUGAA